UCCUCCUUUCAAUGGACGUCAUUUAAGCGUAGACUCCUGCCUUGAGUUGUGUCCUCCGCCGCAACGCCAGACAUCCGACUAUUCUUUUUUCCUUAUAAUUUAGGAUUCCUGUAAUAUUAAUAGUCAUGAACGUGUUCUAUUAGGAGUCCAAGAGGGAGACGAAGAAGCGGCUCUUGUGCUAAUAUGAGCUCGAGCGAGGGGACGGCAGCACUGUGAUAGAAGCCGGGGAGCAGGGAGAGAAGAGCGGCUGCCGAGAGAAACUUUUCAACCCCGAUCCACCAGCACGACCGAGUAUCUGCAUUUUUAGAGCCCAAUGAAGGCCAGCUCGGAUCUUACCAUUUAUUUCUGAUGGAUUAUCGUCCUGCUGCUGAGGCACAUAUCUGACCGCCGGGGCCAUCGUGAUCGUGCAGGAGAGACGAGUCUUUUUCGGGGGGCUUUUUUUUCUCCCUUCCUCUUUGACUGGCCGAGUUCCUUUGCUCGCCCACAAAUAAUAACUCUGUUUUUGAGCUGAUUGUUAUUAUUAUUAUUUUUUUUACCUUUAAAUCGCACCUAAAAAUCCUUACAGAUGUUGGUGCACAGUUUUUCCGCGAUGGACCGUCACGACGGCACCAGCAAUGGGACAGCCAGGCUACCUCAGCUGGGCGGCGUGGGCCAGAGUCCCUACACCAGCGCCCCGCCGCUCUCACACACGCCCAACUCGGACUUCCAGCCCCCGUACUUCCCCCCGCCCUACCAGCCCAUCUACCCGCAGUCUCAGGACCCGUACUCGCACGUCAACGACCCGUACUCCCUGAACUCCCUGCACGCGCAGCCGCAGUCGCAGCACCCGGGCUGGCCGGGCCAGCGGCAGGGCCAGGACGGCGGCCUGCUGCACCAGCACCGCAGCCUGCCGCACCAGCUGUGCCGGGAGUACCGACGGGAGGUGCUGCUGCCGUCCGGACACGGCCUGGACACCGGACUGUCGGACUCUAUCCCCAUCCAUGGAAUACCUCACUCUCUAGAAGACGUGCAGUCUGUUGAAGAUCAAGGAAUUCACAUUCCAGACCAGACUGUAAUUAAAAAAGGUCCAGUGUCUUUAUCCAAGAGCAACAACAUCUCCUCCAUCCCCGUAAAUAAGGACGGUCUUUUCGGAGGGGUGGUUAACCCCAACGAGGUGUUCUGCUCGGUUCCGGGUCGUCUGUCUCUCCUCAGCUCCACAUCCAAAUACAAGGUCACGGUGGCAGAGGUGCAGAGACGCCUCUCGCCGCCCGAGUGCCUCAACGCCUCUCUGCUGGGCGGGGUGCUGAGGAGGGCCAAGUCUAAGAACGGUGGAAGAUCCUUACGGGAGAAAUUGGAUAAAAUCGGCUUGAAUCUACCUGCAGGCAGGCGCAAGGCAGCCAACGUCACCUUGCUGACGUCACUAGUUGAAGGCGAAGCAGUGCAUCUUGCCAGGGAUUUUGGUUAUGUAUGCGAGACCGAGUUUCCAGCCAAGGCGGUAGCUGAAUAUGUAAACCGUCAGCAUUCCGACCCAAACGAACAAGUCCAAAGAAAAAACAUGCUAUUGGCCACGAAGCAAGUCUGCAAAGAAUUCACAGACCUGCUGUCCCAAGACCGCUCGCCACUGGGGAACUCACGGCCGCAACCCAUUCUCGAACCGGGAAUCCAAAGCUGCUUGACCCACUUCAGUCUAAUCUCGCACGGUUUCGGGACCCCUGCACUGUGCGCGGCCAUCACGGCCCUCCAGAACUAUCUGACGGAGGCUAUCAAAGCCAUGGACAAAAUGUACCUCAACAACAACCCCAACAGUCAUUCAGAUAACGGCACUAAAGGCGGAGACAAAGACGAGAAGCACAGAAAGUGACGUUCCCUGCAGCCCACCUGCAGCGCGGGCCCGAGCCCGCGGGCCCUUCCUCUGCACCGACCCAUGCCCCUCCGCCUCGCACCGGCCCCCAACCAUCCACUAUAAAUAUUAUAAAUACCUUAUAAAUAUAAUUCAUAAAGUUAAACGUGCCACUUCCUGAUCUUGCGCGGUUUUGCGUGAUUUGUUUUUACAUCCCAACUUCGGAGUCAAUGGGAUAGGACGCAAGAAUCUUCUUCUUCCAACACCUGAACCAUACGAAGCGUUGUUUAAAAAAAAAAAAACCCAAAACAAAACAAAAAAAAAACAACAAAACAAAACAAAAAAACCCACGACGGAAUGAAAAGAAAAAAAAGCUGCAGAGGAACAGCUCCAGGGCGAGGUAAAGGUGUACUGCCUCACCCAGAGGACUUUUUAUUCUCCCCUCCCCCUCCUCCGUAUUUUUUUAUGAGCUGCAACGAAUGGACUGAAAUCCAGCGACCCCUUCUAUAUCUCAAUUUUACGAUUGUGACAAAAGCAAAGCUAAAAGAGGACGAAUUCCUAUCAGUAUUGUGAAUAAUAAACUUGAAAAAACAAAGAGAAAUUCCACAGAUAUCCAUGCCAUGACUUCAGUUGUAGACUCUCACUCUGUUUCUCUAUCUCUCUCUCUCUCUCUCUCUCUCCAAGCGACCAACUUGAACUUUUUUGAAUUUCAACACGAUUCACGGUUAUAUAAGGGAAUCAGUGUUCAUGUAUGUAUAUAUUUAUUUAUGUGUAAUUUAAUGGGAAUUGUAAAUAUGGUGCGUCUGUUGAAACUUCUUUUUUUAUUUAUCUGGUGCCUCCUGUUUUAGUGGGUUUGAAUAUUCGGUUAGUUCUUCAUGUGAUUUUAUGGUUCUAGAAAACAGAAGUUUGGGGUACUUUAUUUCUCUGGGAUAUUUCAAUUCAGCCCUCUUGUAGCAUGUUGAGGCGACACUGAAGCAAGUGAACAAAUUUAAUAGAAAUAAACUUCAAUUUCUCUCUAUAUAUCAUCCUAUUCAGUUUUUUUUUAUUUGAGAUGAGACAGAGCAUAAGUGAGACCCCGAGGAGUUUUUUUUUUUUUUUAGUGUCUAUUUUCGUUUUUAUACAAGCUUAUAUGUGUUGUGCCAAUCAGAAUACGUUUCACCUCUUGUUCUUUCCUUGAAGCACCAUAAAAGCAAUAAAUGGAAUAUUGUCUUUUUUUUUUCAAUGUUCGAAGACAUUCAAAAACAUUUUUGGGGACCACCUGAUAUCUUGUUAUGUCCGAUAAUGUCCGAAAUUGGAGGCAGUUUUAGCUGUAUUGUAUAGACAUGUGCUGGCAAUAGUUCCUAUGCCUGUCAAUGUAUUAUAGUCCUUUGUUGCCCAGAAAAAAAUAAAUAUUUGAUACGCUUCA